AUGGGUAAAAUCAGUUAUUUCGACAUUGUCUUCCCUGAGGAGUGUAAUGUCUACCAUCCUGGAGACAUCGUCAAUGGACAUGUUCGCCUCGAACUACUUGAAGGAAUUCGAGUCAAAGGAGUCUGGAUCCAGUUUUGGGGAAGAGCUUAUUUUAAAGAAAGUGAUAGCAGUGCAUCUGACUGUGGAUCCAAUUUUGGUACUGAAGAUGCCACCGAAACAUAUUAUUAUUUUAACAUGAAACUCUAUGAAUCUGGUUCUACAAUUCCUGAUGGGAUGACUCAGUCGGAUGAGGAACAGUCAUUGGAUGCAGGAACCCACACUUUUCCUUUUGAGUUUCUGCUGCCAAAUGUGCCAUCUUCUUUCCGAGGAAAUCGGGGCUAUGUCAGUCAUUCAGCUAAAGCCAUUAUCAAAAGACUCGGAAAAUCAGAUUUUCGUCUAGAGAAAGAUUUUCAUGUGAUAAAGCCAAUGGAUCUGAACAUGCUACCUAAUGCAAGUCAAGGUGUUAAGAAUCAGAUAAUCAAACAACCAAAUAUCUUCUGUUGUCGGUCGGGACCUGUGACAGCAUUUCUUGGAGUAGACAAACCUGGCUACACACCAGGAGAGAUGGUUGAGUUGAAAGUUGAAAUUUCAAACCAUUCAGAAAAAGAAGUCUUAUGCUCAAGUGUGAAGCUGUAUAUGCAUGUGCUUUAUCAUGGCAAGCAAGCUCAGGGUACUGAAGUUCAAACAUUGGCUUGUGUCAAUCAUCCCAGUAUUACCCCAGGAGAGACAGAUGUGUGGAGUGGGGAAAGGAUGAUGGUUCCACCCUUGUCUCCUUCAAACCUUGAUGGCUGUAACGUGAUUGACAUCAAAUAUUUUCUUGUGUUAAAUGUGAAGCUGGAUGAGCCACCAUUUGACCUGAAUGUUCCCUUGGACAUUACAAUAGGAUCCAUUCCUAUUACAACAAAGAAAGGCCACAUUUAUACGUGA